GCGCCCCGUCCCGUCCCGUCCCGUCCUGUCCCACCCCGCCUGCCGACGCGUCGGACCGAGCUCCCGGGCAGCGGGCUUGUUGCGGAGAGCAGUCGCCGAAGGAUGGGGCCGACGUGGGCUCUGCUCCUCGCCCUGCUCUCACGACCCCCGGCCGCCGCCGCUUACUUCUCCGAGGAGAGGCAGCCGGGCGAGUCGCCGCUGCAAAGCCCCACCGUGCUGGUCGCGAUCAUCGCCAGGAACACGGCUCACACCCUGCCCUACUACUUGGGCGCCCUGGAGAGACUGGACUACCCGAAGGACAGGAUCUCGAUCUGGGCAGCAACUGAUCACAAUGUGGACAAUACAACUGCCAUCCUGAGAGAGUGGCUGACCAGCGUCCAGAGGUUAUACCACUACGUAGAGUGGAGGCCGAUGGAGGAGCCAAGAUCCUACCCGAACGAAAUGGGCCCCAAGCACUGGACCCGAACCAGGUUUGAAUACAUCAUGAAGCUGAAGCAAGCUGCCCUCAAAUCUGCCAGGAAACAGUGGGCUGAUUACAUCCUGUACGUGGACACAGAUAAUAUUCUGACUGACAACCAAACACUCAACUUGCUGAUGGCAGAGAACAAGACCGUGAUCGCCCCACUACUGAUGUCGCAGGCAGCUUACUCCAACUUCUGGUGUGGGAUCACUCCUCAGGGGUAUUACCGCCGGACAGCAGAGUACUUCCCCACGCGACACCGCCAGAGAUUAGGCUGCUUUGCCGUGCCCAUGGUGCACUCCACCGUCCUGAUCGACCUGCGCAAGGAGGCGACACAGGGCCUGGCCUUCUACCCCCCGCACCCGGACUUCUCCUGGGCCUUCGACGACAUCAUCGUGUUUGCGUUUUCCUGUCGUGCCUCAGAGGUCCAGAUGUAUGUGUGCAAUAAAGAGCAAUAUGGUUUCAUCAACAUUCCUGGCAAGCCCCAGAGCACACUGGAAGAUGACAACCAGAACUUCAUCCAUCUUAUAUUGGACGCAAUGAUUACCGGGCCCCCGAUGGCCCCAUCGCAGUUCAUCCACCUCCCACCUAAGUUUCCAGAUAAGAUGGACUUUGACGAGGUUUAUCUGAUAAACCUCAAGCGACGUCCGGACAGACGGGAGAGGAUGCUGCUGGCGCUGUACGAGCAGGAGAUCAACUGCAAGAUAAUAGAUGCCGUGGACGGGAGUGCUUUCAAUAGUAGUACGUUAAAUGCGAUGGGAAUUAGCAUGUUGCCUGGAUAUUUUGACCCAUACUCUGGCAGGACUUUGACCAAGGGAGAAAUUGGAUGUUUCCUUAGCCAUUAUUCCAUCUGGAAAGAGGUUGUGGAUCGAAAGCUGAACAAAGCUGUGGUCUUCGAAGAUGAUGUGAGGUUUGAGGGCCACUUUAAGAGGAAGCUGACAAGACUACUAAGUGACAUCGAGGAUGUCGCUUUAGAAUGGGACCUCAUCUACCUUGGUCGUAAACUGGUCAAUCCCGGUCAGGAGGAGGCCAUUCCAGGUAUCCGUAACUUAGUAAUGGCCGAGUAUUCAUACUGGACGCUGGCCUACGCCAUCUCACUGCAGGGGGCCGAGAAACUGGUCAACUCUCAGCCACUGACAAAGAUGCUGCCUGUGGAUGAAUUCCUCCCUAUAAUGUAUGACAAGCACAUCAAUGAGGAAUACAAGGAGGUUUACCCCAAACGAGACCUGUUGGCUUUUUCCGUCAACCCUCUCCUGGUGUUCCCCACCCACUACACCGGGGAGCCCGGAUGGUUCAGCGACACGGAAACCUCCACCAUUUGGGAUGACGACUUGGUGAAGACGGAUUGGAGCGGCUCUCAGAAAACAGUGAAGGCCGCACAGACAGGAACCUCACGUCAGUCCUUUGGAUCUGCCUCAAGGGAUGAACUGUAAUCAGCGUCAAUGUAAGAAGGUGAACGUUCUCAGGAAGUUGGUGUUGCGGACCGACAGAACUGCCAAACAUUAAACAAAGAUCGGCCAGCUGCAAUGUUGCGGACUUCUUUCAAAGUUCACCUGCCAAAGACAGGCCAGCCAACCAGUCAGAGGAACCUGGACGACGAGCAACAUGGUUCAGUUCCGUCUCAGGCCUUCACCUGUGUGUAGUGUGAAGGUGGUACCCACUGCCCAAAAGGCAAAUCACUGACUUAAACGCAAAAUAAUCCAGUUUAUCAACAAGAAACAUAAAAUAUUGUGCAGAUAGAUUUCAACAUUUCUGAACCGCAAAAAACAAUUUACGAUCUGCUCUUUAUUGAUAUGCACCCAAUAUGUAGUCAGCAAUGUUAAUAAUGCCAGUGCUUGAAACAGACAGUUUUAGAACUUCCUGCUGGUCCUGUGUGCGUCCACAAUGCUGAGACACAGCACACUGUGUAAGCAUAGAGAGGAUUGGUACCCUAGUUGAGAUCAUGAGAUUGUAUACCAGGGAAAGUGAGCGUAACAUCAAGUCGAUGCAGAAUAGACUAAGCAGCUUCCUUCUGUGUUAUAUCAUUUAAUUAUUCUGUGAAUUUCAGCCUGCAACUCUUUGAAACUCCUCGGUAGGUAAAAAGCAAGGCAAAAGAUGCUGUAAAUUGCUGGAGAUCAUAAGGUCAUAAGUGAUAGGAGAAGAAUUAGGCCAUUCGCCCCAUCUACACAAUUUUUCCCUUCUAACCCCAUUCUCCUGCCUUCUCCCCAUAACCUCCAACACCCACACUAAUCAAGAUUCUAUCUGUCUGCUGUAAAAAUAUCUAUUGACUUGACCUGCACAACUUUUGGUGGCGAAGAAUUCCAGAUUCACCACCCUCUGACUAAAGAAAUUCCUCCUCAUCUCCUUCCUAAAGGAACGCCCUUUAAUUCUGAGGCUAUGGCCUCUAGUCCUAGACUCUCCCACUAGUGGAAAAAUCCUCUCCACAUCCACUCUAUCCAAGCCUUUCACUAUCCGGGAAGAUCAUACCUCUAAAUAAACAUACCCUCACUUCAUGAUCUCCUAA